CCCUUUCUCUGACAUCCAUGAAUGGCAGGCGGAGGUGGGUGGUGGUGUAUUUCGCAAUCCACAAAAUCACACUCUCUCCUCUCUUUCUCUCUCUCCGCUGCGUCUUUGAUUUCUGAUGCGUGCAUGCAAAGGGUAUCAGUCGUAUGAGCAGGAUAGUGUGCUUUUAUUGCCACUGUGUUCCCUCCUCUCUCCUCAGUCCUCGCUCGCAUUCUCUUGCGUCUCCUUUUUGCUUCCUCCGCUCUCGCACAGAGCCAUUGCGGAGUGCGUGAGAGUGAGAGUGAGAGAGAGAGAGAGAGAGAGAGAGAGAGUAGGAGGAGAGAGAUAACGAGCUGCUAAAGGCGAAAGAGAAAAGGUAAAGGUGAGGUGGUUCCGGGGGUGCUUGCAUUGCUCUGCUUGCUUCCCCGUUCCUUGCCUUAUUUCUUGCUCACGAGUUGGACGAGUUAGUAGUUCAUCCGAUGCGUGCGUCGUGCGCCCUGAGACGGGAUACCUCUCUGAGAACUACUAGAGGUUUCUUGUGUUAGUUCGUGACAAGGACCGUGUAAUCUUAGGACGCGGGCGCCGAGAUGCAAGAAUGUCCUGUGGAUUCGUGGGAUGGGAUAAAUUUGUGAUCUUUUGCCUUAUUCUUGAUCCCGGUUUCAGGAGGUUUGGUGCGGCGCGGCCCCCCGGCAGCCGCCGAUGCUGCGGAGGAUGGUGUCCGACCCGGCCCCGGACUCCUCCGGCAGGGGCUGGGAGGCCAGGCCCCGCGGCGGCGCUGCGCUGUUCGCCGUGCCGCGGCUGUUCGUCGGGCUCGCCCCGAAGCGCGCGCCGGACGGCGAGUCGUCGCGGAGCCCGACGUCCCCGCUGGACCCCAAGGCGCUCCUGCUCCGGUCGCCGCGCUCGCCGAGGACCUGGGACGCGGAGCCGUUGGGGCGCGGCCUCGUGGACGCCCUCGCCAGCGACGCCAACAACUGCCUGCUCAGCCCGCGCCUGCGGCUCAAAUCGUACAGCUCCCUGCCGAAAGACGGCAGCGGCGGUGGCCAUUCGCAGCCGGAGCUCGGCAAGACGAUGUCUUGCCCCGCCCCGGACACUGCGGCUGGUGGCGUCAUGUCAGUGCCGUGCAGCAGGUUCUUCCACGGGGAUCUGAAGUCUGGUCCGGAGGCCACUCAGUCGGAUGGCAUUCACCUCAAUAAUCCCAAGCGGCACUCGUUCGAUCUUGGCAAGCUCCCGGGGCCGGGCUCGCUGGCAUCGAUUGCCGCCGGCGCCCGGCGGUUCAUUGGCUCGGUCUCGGCGAGCGAGAUCGAGCAGUCGGAGGACUACACUCGCAUCAUUGCCCGCGGUCCGAACCCGAAGACGACCCACAUCUUCGGGGACUGCAUCUUGGAGCCCCUCACGGUUGGGGAGAGUGACGAGACCGCCAUGGAAGUGAAGGAAGGAGCUUCCGAGUCCUACUGGGUGGUCAAGUGCGCCGCGGAGGCCGCCGCCCGGGAGGACUUCUUGAGCUCCUGCUUCACUUGCAAGAAGAAGCUGGAGGGCAAUGACAUUUACAUUUACCGUGGCGAGAAGGCAUUCUGCAGCGCCAAUUGCCGGGACCAAGAGAUCCUGAUCGAAGAGGAAGCCGAGAACAACAACACCAGCGUUUCCCCACGCUCAUCUCGCUCCUCCUUCCACGACGACAUCUUCAUGGCCGGCAUGGUCGUCGCGACAUGACCUCCACCUAGCUCACCGCACCGUUGCGCCCUGACAAAUGCACUGAAUUUUUCCUCCUUGUAUCAUACAAGGGUAUAGGUGAUCCUAGACGAUCGAUCACCAGUGCACAUCGCCGUCAUCAUCAGUUUGCUGUUUUUGAUUCAGCAACUGAAGAAGAAGAAACGGUGCUCAUGGUGGGUCAUUGUCGCGAGCCCUGGAAACUUGCAGAGAUCUGGGCUUUUUAGAAAGAGAGUGGUCGCCUGCCUGCCUUUAGCACUGUAAUUUUGAUCCAAGGCUGCUGGCCAGAGUCCCCAUCCUUCUCUCUCUUUUUUUCACUUUUUCUUUCUUUCCUGCUCUGAGCAGCAGUGACUGUGUCUGCACAUUGCUACAUUGCACUCUGAGAUAAUGACAUUGAGCUGCUUCGAGUCA